AUGGCAUACUUUUUAAUGUCACAGGCAUUAUCCGCAACCAUGUUACUACCAAAGUACCCCCACUCUGACCUCGAGUCAUUCCUCGAAGAUGCAAAGCGACGUGGCCUGGACGAGAAAUCGCCCGUCUUCACAGGGACACGGUACGAGUAUCUCGUUUUGGAGCGUCUAAGGCGAUACGGCUUCUCGCUGCGCAGAAUAGGCGGCGCAUCAGACUUUGGCGUCGACCUAGUAGGCGAAUGGACAGUACCAUCAUCAACAGCCCCAGCAAUCAAGGUCCUGGUGCAGUGUAAAGGCGGGAUCCAGCGAGUAGGCCCGCACAUGAUCCGCGAGCUAGAAGGAUCGUUCGCCGGGGCGCCGGCCGGGUGGAGGGGACAAGGCGUGCUGGGGCUGCUGGUGGCGGAAAAGACUGCGACGAAGGGCAUGAGGGAUGCUCUGGGUAGGGCGGGGAUGCCGAUGGGGUAUUUUUGUUGCGAGGGGGAAGAUGGGGUUGUGAGGCAGAUGCUUUGGAAUCAGAGGGCGGAGGAGGGCGGGUUGGAAGGGGUUGAUGUUGCGUUGAGGAGGGGAGGGGGGAGGGAUGUUGGUGAGGUUGUUCUUGUUAAGAAUGGAGAGCCAUUGCCGUUUGUUUGA